AUGCCAAUGGCAGCUGAUCAUUGGAGAAAACGUCUCAAUGGUACAAAUGUUGCUGGCUGCAGUUCCUGGGAGCAGCCCAGAGGGAAAAAGAAGAAAUUUGAACCUUUAAAAAAUGAUUUAAAUACAAAAUCUCAUAUAUCCCUUGAGUGGGACAACCACCAAAAGAGGGUUGUUGCCAAAAGGGAACAAAUAGGCAUACACCAGAGAGAUUUGAGGUCAGUUUUGCUUUCUGCUAAACCGGCAAGUCCAAAUGGCAUAGCCGACGUUGUUACUGUUCCUCGAGAAGUCUUUCAAUUGGAGAAUCUGAUGGAAGUUCUCUCCCCCAAGGUGUGGCACUCUUACUUGUCAGUGAAAGAGAGAAACUUUCUUGUGAAAUUUCUACCUACGGGUGUGGAUGCAGAAGAAAUUGUGGAUGAUUUACUUUCCGGGGAGAACUUCCAUUUUGGAAAUCCUUCUGUCAACUGGAGUAGUUCACUUUGUGCAGGUAAUCUUCACCCUGAUGUCAUUCUCCGUCAGGAGCAGGCUCUUAAGACUGCUAAGAAAGCGCACUAUUUAGAGAUCCAGAAUUACCAUAAUGACAUGAUCAAAUAUUUGCAAACAAUGAAAGCAACAUGUGAGAGGAGCAGGGAUCCAGAGAAGGAGAUUUUUCAGAAGACAUUGCGGGAUGCGGAGAGACCGGCGUCCUCACUUGGAUAUGAGCAUAGAGUUUUAGAGAGUGAAGAAAAGGUGGCAACAUCUGAAUCUUGUUCCUUGCUGGCGGAAGAGAAAGGCUGUAGCAGUGACAAUCAAAAUUCCUCUGUGAAGGGAGCAAAACAUCGUGAAAGACCUUAUGAGAAAGGCUCCUCGAAGGGGAAUGACAUAAAGCCAUCAACUGCUUUGCAUGGUGCAAAAUCUGGGAAGGUAGAUAAGGUGCAGAAGCACAAUAUUCAACACACUGAUGGUGCUCAAUAUAUGUCCUACCUAAAGAUAAGCAAGAAGCAGCACCAACUAGUGAAGAGCAUGAAGCAAUCUGGCAAAAGCAUUCAGUCUGAAUCUCUUAGUCGUGUGUUGGGUAACCUUGAUAUGCUGGAUGUACAACCAUUUGAAGAGUUUGUAAAAGAGGAAGAGAAGAAGUUGCAUGAGCAUUGGCACCAAUUGGCCGUCAAAGAUUUUCCUGCAAUGUAUGUGAACUGGAGAGCGAGACAGUCUCAGAGACAAGAGAUGAUUAGGUCUUUAGGGCGAGAUCUGAAACUACAAUGUGAAGUAGAAGUGGAAGAUGAAGAAGUUGAAGAACAAGACCGAGAAGGAGAAGACUAUGAUGAAGAGGAACUAGAACAAGAACGGGAACAGGAAGAGGAAUAUGAUGAUGAGAAUGAAGGUGCGAAUGAAGAUGAUGACAAAGAAGAAGAAGAAGAAGAAGAAAGACAUAAGCAACGCCAACCACAACCAAGUGUUUCUUCACCUUACUGGGUUAAUGACUUAAAUGGCCAUCUCGUGGAGGACGAGGAGAAAGAGGACAUCAAUGAGCAUAGUAGUGGAGAGGAAAGAGAAGAAGAAUCAGAUGUGGAGAUGGGUAACAUGGAUAAGGAGACAGACGAUGAUGAGGUCAUGGUUAAUGAUCGAAAUGAUUGUGAGGCAAUCCUUCUGGAUCAGAAUGAGCAGAAUGAUGCUUUUCAGGAUCAGAGUGAUGAAGAAGCAGGCAGCCUGGAGUCGAAUCCAGAAGAUGAUGAAGCAGUACUUCUGGAUCAUACUAAGCAGAAUGGUGUGUUCCAGGAUCAAAGUGAUGAAGUAAGAAGUCUGGGGUCCAAUCCAGAAGAUGUUGAAGAAGCAAGAAGUUCUGGCUCACUCCAGUAUCAGCCACUACCACCGCAUAUCUCUUCAUUGAGUGCACAUGGUGUUGAUACAGUAGAUGAUGUUUCAGAAAGAAAUGAUGGUGGAGUCUCCAAAGUAAAUAAUAACUCUGUGGCAGAGGACGUAAUUGGUCAUGGAGUUCCUAUAUCCUCUGGUGAGGAUGUUUGGUCGGCUGUCAGCAUGCCAGUGCAGUCUUAUUAUGACCCCACUUCAAACUACACCCAUGAUCAGGAUUUCGUAUCUACAUCCUCCUUGAUACACCCACAUCAAGAUGGCGAAGAGCAGCACACCCAGUUGAUCGAUUUGGGAUCUCAUGUCCAUGAAGAUACCAGGGGAGAUUUGUCCCAAAGACGGUCUGAUGGAGUCCCAUUCGGUACUCGCCCAGAACCUGACAGAAGCGGUCUACUUCAGUCGCUGUUCAAGGGGCAGGAGACAAGGUUACCCUUCAUUAGGGAGGAACAAAAGCUGGAAGCUUUGGAUUUCCAGCCUCAGAGUGAUGUCUUAAUGGAAGGCGAGCAGUUUAAAAAUGUACACAUUCAUGGACAUCUUCAGCCUUCUAUCCUACUCGGGCAGGGUCAAAAGAGACAACACACGGAGGAUUACAUAAGACACAACUUGUCUCAAGAUGUUUACUCAGCAGUUAGCAGUGGUGGGUACAUAAUCCCAAGGCAGACACAUGUCAAUCUUCAAGACUGGAACCCGAGCCUUGCUGUUACCCGCCCGCCAUCCCGGUUCCCACCACCUAGCCUUAAUGGAGAUUUGUUAUUGGGUCAGAACUGGUUUCAUCAUGGUGAGCAGCAUCAACUCCGUGGUGGUGGUUGGAAUGGUUAUGAUGGUAGUAGUGGUAGUGCCACUAGUAAUGUUCCGAGCCAGAGCAUUGGGGGAACUACAGCGGAUCAGACUCUGUAUAGUGUUCUACCGCACUGCAAUCAGUUACCGCCAAGUUAUCCUCUUGAUUCAAUGCCGGUUUCCAGUGGGCAACUGAUGAUACCAAGGAACUACGGUAUGGUUGGGGGUGGAGUUGGUGGUCUUCCUCGGCUUGGUGGUAAUAUCACAUUGCCGCAGGUGGCUGGCCUUGUGCAUGAACAUGACUACUUCUCCACUGGGCGUGGCAGCGACCCAGUUGGGUCCUCCAUGGUGAUGCCAGAUGAAGCUACAGGGUGGAUGAAUAUGGGGCAUAAUCGUAUUAGUAAUAAUAGUGGUAAUGGUAGUAAUUUUGGGUUUCUUGAUCCUAUGGGGAGGCCAUAA